AUCGUCUGUUCGUUCGUAUCUGCAAGUUGUCGGGCUGAACGCUUUUUAUAGAUAAAGUGAUUUAAUCAAUGUUAUUUUGUCUAAGUUGUUAAAAUUAGAAGCUUUUGCUUUUGGACAGUGAUUCAAUUCAUCACACUGCAUAAAAUUCAUUACUGUUGAAACAUGGCUUUUGUUAAAUUAUGUUCAUCCAUAAGUAAACAAAUCAUUCAACCUGCAUUUAGAGUUCAGAAACUAUCUACUCCUUUUUCAAGGAGCCUAUCAACAGCUGCAAAUUAUGAAUUUAUUAAAGUUGAGAAAAAGGGUGAGAAAGAGAACAUUGGACUGAUAACUUUGAACAGGAAAAAAGCCCUGAAUGCUCUUUGUGAUGGUUUGAUGAAUGACAUUUCUAAUGCUUUAGACAGUUUAGAAGCUGAUAAAAGUAUUGGAGCUAUUGUUUUAACUGGAAGUGAAAAAGCAUUUGCAGCUGGAGCUGAUAUUAAAGAAAUGCAAAACAAAACAUUUUCUGAAUGUUUCAGUGGAAGUUUCCUUAGUGCCUGGGAUCGUGUCUCUAAAACUACUAAGCCAAUUAUCGCUGCCGUGAAUGGAUAUGCGCUUGGUGGUGGCUGUGAGUUAGCUAUGAUGUGUGACAUAAUCUAUGCAGGAGAAGGUGCAAAAUUUGGGCAACCAGAGAUUUUAAUUGGAACCAUUCCUGGUGCUGGUGGAACUCAAAGAUUAACCAAAGCAGUCGGAAAAUCUAAAGCAAUGGAGAUAGUACUAACUGGAAAUCAAUUCACUGCCAUUGAAGCUGAAAAAUGGGGCCUAGUCAGCAAAGUAUUCCCUGUUGAACAAGUGGUUGAUGAAGCAAUUAAGUUAGGAGAAAAAAUAUGCACCAAUUCUAAUCUUAUUGUUGCUAUAUGCAAAGAAUCUGUCAAUAGUGCAUAUGAAACCACCCUUAGUGAGGGAUUGAGAACUGAAAAAAGGUUGUUCUAUUCUACAUUUGCUACAAAAGAUCGUAAAGAAGGAAUGACUGCAUUUUUAGAAAAAAGAAAACCAGAUUUUACUGGCGAAUGAAAUACACAUCAAUGCUAAUUUGCCUUUAUUACAAGUUAGGUGUGAAUAUCGUAUGGAAUAGUGAAGUAUAUUUUGAAUUGUUGUAUUAAUAAAAGUGUUUUAUAUUUUUCAAUAAAAAAAUGAAUA